AGUGGAUCGACGUCCCUCUACGCCUGCCUAUCUAGCAAUAGCCAUCCAUUCUGAAUUGCCCAGUCUGCCCCGAAGAAGACAGUAUGAGCGCGGAUUCUGAAGCAACCCUCGCCGGCGCGGACACCUUUGAGUGGAAGCCAGAAUAUGAUAGUCUCAUUGAGGAGGUUGCCUCCACGGAUGUUGUCGACCUGUCCAAGUGGUCGCUCAUCCGCGACAUUAUCAAGUAUAAGAUUGGCAAGAACAUUACAUUGUUCCUGUCAGGAGAGGUGAAGCGCGAAUACAGUCGCUCAACCGUGACAGCCCAGCCGUGUCAGGGCGGCGCGAAAUUCCUGCCCUUUCCACCUCGCGAGCGCAAUGAGGCAAACCCCAAUGAAGCACCCAAGAACGCUCUUACAGAGCAGGAAGCGGCCGAGUUCAAGGAGGUGAUACUGGGGCAAUUUGAGGAGUUUGUGCAGAGCCCACCAUUCACUAUCCAACGCCUGUGCGAACUAUGUGUACGGCCUACGGAACACUACAAGCACCUUGGCAAAUAUUUACGCGCAGUCGAGCGGACCCUCCUCGUUACCUCGACAUGGGACGCCUUCCCCGCAUCUCCCGACAAACCAGCCAACCAACCAGUAGUCGGUACUGUUCCCGUCGGUAUCAACGCGUUCUCCGCACCCACAACACCCAUCUUCUCCCCUAUCCCCUUCUUGCAUGAAGACGCUCGACGCUCGAGCUCCCGCAGUCCACCACCAAGUCCGCUCGUUCUGCCAGCGAUCCAAUCCGGCGGAACAGCGACAGCGUUGCCUCAUGCAGGUGCGGAGGGCGCAGCACCACAGGCACUUGGCCUGGUAGACGAGCUCGACGAUCCUAGCCCGGGUCACUUGAGCGAGCAUCCGCAAGCUCUAUCUGCGACGACGAACGUCACUUCGAAGCCGCUGUUCGGAAGUUUGGAGGAGCGAUUUACGAAGGCGGAGACGGAUGCGGAGGGUAGUGCCGUCGGUCCGGAGGAGAAAAAGCAGAAGAUAGAAUGACGCUAGGGGCAUAUGGAGCGUAGAUCAAGGCGUGUAUUGCUACAUUCUGACUGAGGCAAUGAUUGCCGUU